AUGAAUUCCACCGAGAUCAAUUUUGAAAAAAGAAGCAACCAUGCCGAGGCAGAACGAACAGACGGCACGAACAACGGCCACAAUCAUUCUGCGGAAGAAUCACUUGCCGCGUAUUCCAAUGCUGAGAAGACCAAGGCUCUCCGUAAGCUCGACUGGAAUAUAAUUCCUCUACUCUUCGUCUUUAAUAUGCUCGCUUAUAUCGACCGAGGCAAUAUCGGAAAUGCAUACACAGCGGGAAUGGGCAAGGAAUGGAACAUCACCUCGAACGAGUACUCCUGGCUCAUUACAGCCUACUAUCUCUGCUAUAUCGGCUUUCACUGGUUCAUUCUUCUCUGGAAAUUAGUUUCCCUCCCGACGUGGGUCGCCCUUAUGGCUUGUGGCUGGGGAGCUGUUAGCAUGCUGCAGGCCGCAACGCACAGCUUUGCAGGAAUGAUGGCAUUGCGGUGUCUACUUGGGGCUUUUGAAGCUGGAUAUACACCCGGUGUUGCCUUAUUUCUGUCGUUCUUCUAUUCUCGAUCCGAAAUGGGGCUUCGAUAUGGUCUCUUUCUGUCUUCUGCGUCGAUUGCAAACUGUUUUGCAUCUGCGCUGGCUUAUGGUAUCGUUCAUGCUAGGACUGGCCUUGCGCAAUGGCGGCUACUAUUUAUCAUUGAGGGUAUUCCCACCAUUCUAAUCGCACCACUCGCUUAUCUCGUCUUACCCAACGGCCCCGGGGAGUGUCGAUUCCUCGGGGCAAAAGUAAAUGAAAUCGUGCGUCUACGCGCUGUGACUGCCCGAGGACAUGAAUCCAAGGGCCGGCUGGACAUGAAUCAAGUCUUUGCUGCGUUCUAUGACUACAAGAAUUAUCUCCAAGCUGUGAUUGCCGCCUUUGCAGCACUCCCUGCCUUUCUCCCCACCAUCAUCAAAGACAUCGGAUACUCCUCCGUCCAGGCUCAAGGCCUUUCUGCCCCUCCAUAUUUCAUCUCAUUUCUUCUCUGCCUCGCUAUCCCCUUCCUAUCCGACAAGCUCGCCAGUCGCGCAUACUUCCUCGCUGUCCUCAACGUUAUCGGCGCAGUGGGAUACCUCAUCCAAGCCCUAGUCACCACCACCGCACUCCGCUACUUCGCUACCUUUCUCAUCUGCGCUGGAGUCUUUCCUGCCGUCUCGUUAGCCUUUACCUGGGUAACCGAUAACCAGAGCUCGGCUUCGAAGCGCGGUGGUGGGUUGGUAGUUUUCGGGAUGCUCGGGCAGGCAGGUUCCAUUGCUGGCUCGCGAUUCUUUCCCGAGGAAGAAGAGCCGUAUUAUGUUAAGCGGAUGGGUAUUUCUGCUGGGUUACUGUUCUUUGCGGCGAUUGUGACGAUGGUGUUGCGGGUGCUGCUAGCUUGGGAGAAUAAGAAGCGAGAUGGUCGUGGGUUUGAGAGGAGUUUGGUGAGCUCGAGUGAUGGACAUCCGGAAUUUCGCUUUAUUCUGUGA